UUGACAAGGGACCUUGAAUCAUUACAUACUGUUCAUAUUUGAAUUUCGCAGCCUCGUUCUAGAAAAUACAAUUCGUUCAACUCAUCUCCGCAAUCUCCAAUCAUCCUAACAUGUCAAGCUGUGUUACAUCGUAUUGACCACGCACAUGUACAGAUCUCGAAUUUUCCGAUGCACCUCAUACCUAUUUGAUUUUGCGCACUGAUCCACCAGACCAUCCCAGCAGACGAAGCUGAUCCGCGUGCACAGCAGCCCACUCCAGCCUCGUGAUGCCCAGAACCCAUAGGAACCAACUCAUGUCUGAGACCCCUUGUUGUCAUUGCGCCUUGCGUCUCCAUUGACAACUUUGUUGAUUCAUACUAUAACAGACCGCAAACUCCAAACAAAUUCCAAAAGCAAACGACAACUGCAGUGAUUCCACGGACUUGCGGUCAACUCGAAAGUGGAUUUGAGAGUUGUUGAACAGAAUCCUCGACUUGGGUCUCGUACUCUUUUCUUACAACGAAGAAUAUGGCAGAAGGUGACACACGUAAUGUUCGAGGGGAGGAGAAUGAUGAAAUGCAGAGUGCCGACUCGAAGAAGGAUCAAGAUACUCGAAUGGAGGACCACAAACCUGCAAACGAACAGUCACCGCUUUUGUCUGCAUCUGAAUCGGAAGAAGAGGAAGAAGGUCUCAUUAACGGCAGCAACAUAUUAAAUCAUGACAAUGAUACUUUCUCAGAAACAAAGGGGAUAUGGUACAUGAUACUUUUGACCCUCAGCAUAGGCGGUUUACAAGUGGCUUGGGGAGUGGAGUUGUCCAAUGGAACACCAUAUCUUCUAUCACUCGGUCUGAGCAAGUCAUUAAUGGCUUUAGUAUGGAUCGCAGGACCAAUGUCAGGAGCUUUAGUCCAGCCAUAUAUUGGUAUACUAAGUGAUAGAUGUCGAUCACCAUGGGGUAAAAGACGACCCUUUAUGGCCAUAGGUACUGUCGCUACAGUCCUGUCUUUAGUUUUCUUAGCUUGGGUAAGAGAAAUAGUUGGUGGAUUUCUAGGGUUAUUCGGUGCGGACAAAGAAUCUCAAGGCGUCAAAGUUUCAAUCAUCGUUGUCGCUGUUCUCUUAGUUUAUAUUUUAGAUUUUGCUAUAGCUACAGUACAAGCUGCUAUCAGAGCUUAUAUUCUUGAUUGCGCCCCUAGUCACCAACAAGAAACUGCGAACUCAUUCGCUAGCCGUGUCAUAGGUAUUGGUAACAUUGUUGCUUACCUCGCUGGUUAUAUUGAUCUACCAAAGUAUCUAUGGUUUUUCGGAAAUACCCAAUUCAAGAUACUUUCUCUAAUGGCUUGCGUGGCUCUUUCUACCACUGUCACCAUAAGCAGUGUUACCAUCAAAGAACGUGAUCCAAGUAACGAGCCAAUUCCACCUGAAGCAAAAUCAGGACUUAUCCCGUUCUUCAAACAAGUUUUUACCUCCAUCAGGCGUUUACCUCCUUUGACUCGUCAAGUCUGUGAAGUGGAGUUCUUCGCUUGGAUUGGCUUUUUCCCUCAACUUUUUUAUUCGAGCUCCUAUGUCGGUGAUAUUUAUGUUCAGCCAUAUCUAAGAGAAAAUCCCGACAUGACUCCAGCAGAAAUCGAUAAGCUCUACGAGCAAGCUACUCGUGUUGGAACUUUCGCUCUUUUGAUGUACGCUAUUACAUCGUUGACUGUCAAUGUCGUCUUACCAUUCUUCAUUACUCCGUCCUACGAUGCACACUCAUCAGCCGCAUCAACAUACUCUCAUAAAAGUUACACAACACGUUUCUCACGAUUUAUGGAUAAUCUCGCCAUCCCUGGCCUGACCCUUCGUCGUGCAUGGCUCAUAAGCCAUCUUCUUUUUGCAGCAUGCAUGUUUUCAACUCUCAUUGUACGAUCUAUUACAGCAGCCACUAUUUUAAUAGCAUUAGUUGGUGUAUCAUGGGCUAUGACGUUAUGGGCACCAUUUGCUAUCAUCAGCGCUGAAGUUAGUAAACGUGAUGCUGUACGUAGAGCACGCCAGCAAUCGAUAGUUGGCGAGGAUGAUUUGGAUGAAGAUCAAGCUGGCAUCAUCCUCGGUAUUCACAACAUGUCCGUUGCAGCCCCUCAAAUUCUCGCUACACUGGGCAGCAGUAUCAUUUUCAAAUUCAUGCAAAAGCCACGUGGGACCCCAGGAGACAGAAGUUUUGCGGUUGUUAUGGCUGCGGGUGGUAUCAGUACUUUAUUCGCUGCAUAUCUUACUAGUAGGAUCAAAGAUGAGAUUGAAGUUCCCGGGGACGACAAUAGGAAUAGGGAAAGAGGAGAAAGUAGUAGAACAAGAAUUAGUAGGAGAAGUACGGAGACUCCGCUGAUCUUGGGUAGUGGAUAAACAGAUAAUGAGAAAUUUUGGAGUGGGUGCGAGAGAGAUUUUGUGUGUCAGAUUAAGCAAGUGGCUUACUAGCGGGUUCUAGGAGUCGAAAUGUUCUACUGGUUAGAAAUGAUACGGAUUUGGGGGACGAAACGUUUGGUAUUUAAAGCCAUGCUAUGAAAUGGAAACGAUUAAAAUGAAAACGAUGAAUGUGGUUGUUCUUUUUUGUGUACUCCAUAUACCAAGCAUUUGAGAUGUAUGUAUUUUAUACCUACUGUGUUUUGUUGCGUUGUAUUUCAUUGCAUUUAAUCGUCUAGCAAUAAAAUUGCAGCGCUUUUAAUCCUGGGAGUUUUGGAGAUGCGCUGUGCCGGAAAUCAACUUUAUUGGAUAUUUGCAUGUAUGUCUGUAUCUAUCUCCGAAAAGAAAAAACUUGUAGCUAGAUUUCCUGGAAUGAAAGUAAUUUCUAUAUUUAUGCUAUUGUCAUAUGACGGAGCUUGACCGUG